AUGCUUUUGCAAGAGACUCGAAUGGAAAAAAUUAUUGAUGAAAAGUAUGACGAUUUCACCGAGAAAUUCAGAGAAAUUGACGAGAAAAUAGCGACACUACAAAACUCAAGCGAGCAAAACUCGCAAAACGAUCAAAACUUUCAAAUUCAAAGUCAAUUACUGAAGAUUUUAAAUCGCUUGGAGAUCGUAGAGUCGUCAAAACUCAUAACUGAAGAGAGAAUGAAACGCAUGGAAGAAAACUUUCAAAAAGAGAAGGCGGAUCUUCUCGAGAUGGUGGAAAAGGCAGAAGAAAAGAGUAGACGAGCAGCUAGAAGUGUGGAAAAAGUUCAACAAGAGCUUGAGCAACUUAAACAAUCGAUAGAGAAGGAAGGACACAGCUGGCAAUAA